AUGACAACUAUGGACUUAGCGGAGUUGAGUAGAACAAGUCUUGCAAAGUACAUCGCGCACAGCGAUUCAGUGACCGCUGUAUCGCAGUGCGACUUUGAUAAUCAGAUGAGGAUGAGCGAAAUACGGGCGACUAAGCUAGAACAAGAGAAGACUAUGCUGGAGGAGGCAAACGUGAUACUGCGGGACGAGAUCAAGCUGGCCAGGAAAGACUACGAGAAAAUGUCUAGCCGGCUUCAGAAAUCAGUCGAUCGGAUCUCGAAAGAGCUGGCAGAGUCGCAAGCAUAUGCAAACAGCGUUUCUUUGCAAAACAGUCAGAUAUCUGCUAGAUUGGAGCAGACUGAGAAGAAACUACUUGCCGCGACACAGCGAGCGCAGGAGCUUUCGGAGAAGCUUCUUGCGGACUCGAACGAGAUUGCGACAGAGAUGGAGAAAUCUCACGAGUUUCAGAACGUGCUGCUCGAGGAGAAGUACAAGUACAAGGCGCUUUUGGAGGAGAAACUGAAGAUGGAGAGUGAAGUCACGCGGCUGAACUUGGAGCUCAAGAGUGUGCGCGACUCUGCUAGCGGCAAGCAAAAGAGCUUGAAAGAAACCUCGGCACUGGAGAAGAAGCUCAGGGACGCAGAGGAGAAGGGCAAGGCAAAGGACGAACAGCUGGCUGAAGCAAAGUCUGAGAUUACGAUGUUGAAGGCACAGGUUAAGGAGCUCGAGUCAAAGAGCAAGUCGCUCCAGAAGCAGGUUUCCGCGCUUGGUGCGGACUCUGCUAACGAGUGCAAAGCUACCGAUAAAUCGGACAAGAAGGAAAUUAAGGAGAUGGAGAAAAGAUAUAAGGACGAGGUUGCGGCACUCAAGACGCAGCUAGAGAAGCAAACAGUGCUGACGGAGAAAUCACAAAAGGAAGUCUCAAAGGUUAAGGAUCAACAAGCUGCUCUACAGAAAAGGCUUGAGACCGCGCAGAACAAGCUCAAGAUAUCUGCAACAGCAACGGCGACAGCAGCCGCAGGAAAGAAAGGCGGUAAGAAUGCGCCAGCUCCUGCAUUACCGACCGCACGACUGUUGUUUACUCCAGAGACUGAAAAAGAUGCUCGUCAAAAGCGUGGCAAGCAGAGCACUACGCUUCAAGACAAGCCUGUUGAGAAAUCCACAUUUUCAAUGACGCCUUUCUUGGCUCGACAGACUUCUAUUGCACCACUGAGUCCUGUAGAUUCGAAUGCAGCCGAAGGCGCUAGAGCCGCGCGCCGGUCUAUGAUCGGUGUGAAGCCUAUGCGUUUGGCUAUGACCAAGGAAGCCGAGAGUGCACCACUUUCUGAGCACGAGAGCGAGGAGCAUACAGAGCAGGAGAGUGCGACCGAAGGUCGAUCGGUCGAUGCAGAUGAAAACACGACAGUCAGCGCAGAGAAGACCCGCAAGCCUGUUGCGAAGCAGUCUAUGGCGCCUUCUACCGCUGCCAGUCUCGCUGCACUGGUAUCUGAGGAGCUGAGCAACCCCACAACUUCAGCUGCUAUGCAAAAGAAGAAGAAGCGGAAAUUGGGAGUCGCGAGACCGCCUACAUUGUUCGACGCCGCGCAGGAGGAGACUGAGCAAACUGCGCCGAAGCGGACAAAGGUGGUUGGCUUUGGUAUUCCGAAGGUUGCAGCUCCGGUUGCGCAGAGAUUCACCGCUGGAAAAGCAAUUAGUCCGUUGAAGAAGAGGAAUGAGAACUUGCGGGAUAUGUUCAAGCUCUGA